AUGAUCGACUCGCCCCAUGAACCGGACAUCCUCUCGUGCGGCCGCCGGCUCAGCCGGCCACCGCACGAGCACGCGGCCCUCAAGUGCCCGAGGUGCGAGUCGACUCACACCAAAUUCUGCUACUACAACAACUACAGUCUCUCUCAGCCACGCUACUUCUGCAAGACGUGCCGCCGCUAUUGGACCAAAGGCGGCACCCUCCGCAACAUCCCGGUUGGCGGCGGCUGCCGGAAAAACAAGAAAGUGCCCUCAAACAACCCCAAGAAAGCCGCCACGUCACCAUCGCCAUCCCCACCGGUUAUCCUCGGCCACCCGGAGAACACCGAGCUCCAGCUGGCAUUCCCCGAGCAGCUGAGCUUCUCGGGAUUGUACAAUCCCACGGGCUCGGGAUUAUAUUUCGAUGCAUUCGUGGGCAUGCCGCAACAAAACCCUAGAGGCGGCGACCUCGGGAUUAAUGGUCACGCGUUUGGUACGUUGGGGCCCGGGAUUGGCAAUCCUAGUGGGGAUUUGAAUUUGAAUAUUCUUGAGAGCUGCCAAAGGUUGAUGUUGCCUUAUGAUGAAAGUAAUCAUCUUGGAUAUAGCAAUAAUAAUAAUAAUGUUGUGGAGCACAUUAAUCAUUGUCAUGAGGUUGAUGUGAAGCCGAGCGCUCGGGUUUUGUCACUCGAGUGGCAAGAUUGUAAUUUGGAUGCCGGGAUUAAGGAUGCGUACGGGUACAAUAUUAUCGGGGGGCUCGAGUCGUGGGCGGGGAUGAUGAACGGGUUCGGGCCAUCGGCGACGAAUCCGUUAGUUUGA